CGCAGAGCGGCUCCAUGAGGGAGCCUUGAGGCGGUUUCCGGUGAAUGGCGGCGAAGGGGGCGAUGCCCGAAAUCCCCUUCACGAGGGUCGUGUCCGUGUCCAGCGAGGACCCGCGGCACCCGGCGCAGAACCUGCUGGACCCCGACGGCGGGGGGAAAUGGAGGGGGGCGGCGGCCGGGGAGAAACAGCUCAGCGUGGUGCUGGAGCUCGGGGGGUCCCGCCCCAUCAACUCCCUGCACAUCGGGAAUGACGGAGCCGCUUUCGUGGAAGUGCUCGGGGGGUCCUCGGCCGGGGGGGACUUCCAGGUGCUGCUCCCCUCCUCAGCCCUGAUGUCCCCCAGCGAGAGCCGGGCGGGGACGGGGCCCAGGCGGGUUCGGCUCUUUGGGCCUGAGCACCUG